AUGUAUUGGAAGCUAUUUUUCCUUCGCCUGUACUACCUUAUGAGCAAUACGGAGUGUGUCGAUCCUGCCUUUAGCACAAAAAUCUGGAUCGAUGCCUAUAUUAUCUGCCGAAUGCGUCUCAAAGUCUUACUGGUGACUUUCGCAUUAGUAACAACAUGUGAAGCAGUGCUUCCAUCUAGGCAGUGUGGAUGGGAAAGGCCCAAUGUCACGGAAGAAGUUAUCAGCAUGAUGCAAAAUCGGCAACCGUCAAUAAAGGAGGAUGUCGUGGUAUGGAGAAAGGGAGAAGGCGUACUACAUGACAAUCGGAUACGAAGAAAUUUCUAG